AUGGUGUCAUUAUUCAAAGAAAAGAAAUGUGACGUGCUGAUUUGUGGUGCAGGUCCCGUUGGCCUAUUCCUGGCAAAUGAAUUGGCCAAUUUUGAAAUUAAUUUCCGUAUCAUUGAUAAGACCAAAAAGAAACCGGAUUUUUCAAAGGCUCUUUUGUUAGCACCUAGAACCUUGGAAAUUUUAAAUAACAGAGAUCUUAUCGAUACAUUUUUGGAACAUGGUAACAGAAUAAAACAUUUCAAUGUAUACCAAAACACUAGCAACACUAGCGACCCGCUUAAGAUCGAUUUGACCAAUAUGAACACCACCUGUCCCUUUGGAGUAAUUAACCGUCAAAAUAAGACCGAAGAAUAUUUAAUUGAUGCUCUACACAAAAAGAAAUCGAUGGGAAAAAAAAAUGUUCCUAAUGUUGAAUUCGGCAUGGAACUAUUGAGCUACAAAGAGGAGGAAAAUCAUAUUAUUGCUGUUGUAAAGAAUUUAAAUAACAACAUAGAAGAAGAAAUUCAUUGUCAGUAUUUAGUAGGGUGUGAUGGUGUACAUUCCAAUGUCAGAAAAGGAGCAAACGGCUGGACUUAUGAAGGGCAAACACUGAAAUCCUCGUGGGCCUUAGCUGACGUAAUGAUUGAUCAUGAAUUGGUUAAUUACGAUCAUGUAACCGGACCUAUUAUAUUGUUUCCGUUGGAUGCUAGAAAAAAUACAGUCCGUGUCUUUAUGAAAGUUGCUGAUGAAGAGGACAAACAUGAAAAUAACGACAGUAUUACACAUGGGCUCACAAAUGAAACGCACAUAACUCUUGAUGAGAUGCAGAAAAUCAUUGAUGAUAGAAUUGCUCCAAUUAAAUUAGAGCUAAAGAAUCCAGUAUGGAUUUCCAAUUUUAGGAUUAAUGAAAGGAUUGUAAACAGAUAUCGAACGGGGCGUGCUUUUGUCGCUGGAGAUGCUGCUCAUUGUCAUUCGCCAGUAGGAGGUCAAGGCAUGAAUUUAGGAAUUCAGGACGCUCAUAACUUAGCAUUCAAAUUAGUUCUAGCUAUUCGAAAUCAGGCAGUUGACAUUAAUAAACUUCUUGAUAGUUAUGAACAAGAACGAUAUCCCGUUGGCAAAAAUAUUGUUUCAAGUACCAGCUUUGCUACGAAACUUUUAAGUAACACUGACAUGGUUAAUAAAUUCCUCCGAACGCGCAUAGCUCCUUUCAUUAUUCAUUUCUUUCCUCAAGCUGCACUUAAUACCCAAAGUAAUUUAUUCCAAAUAGAACUUAACUACUCGUCUGAGGCAUCAGGGAUUCUUCACAAUCACUCAAGCACAGAAAACAAAUUGAUUAAAGCAGGUCAUUUCGCAUUAGACGGACUACUAAUGAAAGUAAUUCCCCACAAAAUUCAUGAUCGCUUAACUUUAUAUGAUAUCUUACGUUCAACGGCAGUAAAACACACUUUAAUAUUGUUUACUCUAAGCAAUGGAGUCACUGCUGAUAAUAAUCCACUUAUUGAUACACUGUUGAAUAUCUACACUACUUAUAAAACCACUAUCACACCUAUUAUUAUUUCAUUUCAAGGUGUCGUCCAGAUCGCAGAUGUACCAUUCAUGCCAUUCCUAGAAGAAGGCAGAGAACAGCAUAUAUUUGUUGAAAACAGAUUUGAAUUGCACGAAAAAUAUGGCAUUACUAAGGAGAACGGGAAACAGGCUUUCGUACUUGUUCGACCUGAUUUAUACAUUGCUAGUGCAGUGUUUGAAGAUGAUGUUGAUGAAUUAAAAGCAUUUUUAGAUGGUUAUUUGGUCAAGGCAGAUAGAUAG